AUGGUUCGAUGGGUGCCAUUCCAUUAUUCAUACAGCAUUCCCAACAACUCCACUAUCAUAUUAGUACUCUAUGGUGCAGGUCAUGAAUGCUCAGAGUACGUGGAGCAGCAUGGUAUUGCAGAUGCAGAUGAAGAGCCAGCAUCCACUCAUGAUGCCAAUGCUGAUGCCUUGGAUGGAAGUGAUGUAGCAAUCGAGGCCGUCUUACAGCAUAUUGCAGAUGGCGGCAGCCAGGACCUGCCAGCAGGCUACAGUAUUGAUGAUAACAGCUCACUUAUCACACAUAACGAGGUGGAGGUGUAUGAGUCGGAAGUUGCAGGACAUGCUCAGGUUGCCGAAGCUUUGAAUAUGGGCAAGGGAGGAGAGGAAAAAAAAAAAAGAUCCCUAGUUUCGGGAGAGGACACAAAUCUUUGUGACCCAAAAUUUAGUGUGAUUGUCACUUCAAAUAGCUUUGAUUCAUUGGAGGGUGGGACUACUAGGAGUACUAUCUUAGCACCGGUAGUGUUGGCCUACCAGCCACCACCACAACAAAUAAACAAACUCAUCCACCACACAUUGGAGUCAAACACUAUGAUUGAUGAAGCUUUGCACAUUUUGAAGAGAGUUCCGCUGGACCGCAGUACUCCUGCCUGGCUGAUGGAGUUAGGGCAGUAUGCUCAAAAAGUGAGACAAGUGCCACUUCUAGGCCCAGACUUUACAUGCUUUGACUCUAACAUAGGCAGGAAUGAGGUUUAUGGAGAAUGGGAGGAGUUUGUUCAUCUGUCCAGAGUUACCUAUUAUUACAAUAGGACAAGGAACACAUAUACUGGAUUGAACAUAAGAGAUUGCUCUCAGGAUCAUAUCGAUAAGUUCAAAGCUUGGAUUGAAGUAACACAAGGCCAAAUGGUACCCUUCUUUUCAGAAAAUGUGACUCUGCCAAUCGAUGGAAUCAUAAAUGACUUGAACUUGAGGCCCAAUUUUGACUUCAAGUUGGAUCACAUCCUUCUACGACAAUUGCGCAAUGAACUUGAUUGGUUUCAUGCAGAAAGUUCCACCUCAACAACUAUAUUUUCCAACAGGGAGACAAUGGAGGAAAUCAUCAGCUAA